UUCGCUGACGUCUUGUGAUAAACAUGUCUGACUCAAUUUCGCCCCCAAAGUCUAAGAAACAGAAGAAAGGUGCUUCUCAACGACCUCUGGAUUCCUCCAAGCCGAAAGAAUGGAAAAAAUGGAGGGAUGACAAUAAAGGGAAGAAGAAAAUGAUGAAAGAUGACAAGUUAGAGAGGCUGAGAGAAAAAGAAGAAGCGGAGAGAUUGGAAAGAGAAGAUGCUGAAGCCAAGGAAGCAGAGAGGAGGGUUUUAGGACGUCCUUGGACUGUGAGUGUAGCUCUUCCUGGUUCUAUUCUAGACAAUGCACAGUCACCUCAGCUUAGGACCUACCUCGCAGGACAGAUUGCCAGAGCCAUGGUUGUGUUUGCCGUAGAUGAAGUCAUUAUCUUUGAUGAAUCGGGUAUGCCUGCAUCGAAUACAGAUGGAAACUUUGAUGGCAUUGGGAAGAAAGGAAACCCAAACGUACAACUUGCAAGAAUUCUUCAGUAUCUUGAAUGUCCACAAUAUCUCAGAAAAAACUUCUUCCCGAUGCAGGCAGACUUACAGUUUGCAGGACUUCUCAAUCCUUUAGAUUGUCCACACCAUCUACGUGCUGAUGAAUUUUCUCGAUACAGGGAAGGUUUGGUGAUGGACCGCACCGUACGGCAAGGAAAGGGAUCCUUUGUCAGUGUUGGACUCCUAAAGGAGGUCCAGAUAGACAGGAAUCUUAAACCAGGUCUGAGAGUAACAGUUAAGAUGGAUGGAGAAGAUUAUAUUAACUCAGAGAGGAAGACAUUCACCGGUACAGUGGUCUCACCAUCAGCACCACGGACUGAGGCUGGAAUUUACUGGGGUUAUUCAGUCAGAUUGGCUUCUGGGCUCAGUGCAGUCUUCUCUGAAGGACCUUACCAAGAAGGUUAUGAUGUAACAUUAGGUACAUCAGAGAGAGGCGUGGAUGUGGAUAAACUACAGCUUUCUGAAUUCAGGCAUCUGUUGAUAGUUUUUGGUGGAUUGAAAGGCUUAGAGUACAGUCUGGAUGCUGAUGAGCAUCUCAUGAUAUCAGCAGCUGAGCUACUGUUUGAUCACUACGUGAAUACAUGCCCCACUCAAGGGAGUCGAACCAUCAGGACUGAGGAGGCCAUUCUGAUCUCUUUAUCAUCACUCAGACCCCAGAUCCAACGAGCAGUAACCCAUAGUUGAUGAAAACAUUCUAACACUAGAUAUAAUGACUUUACUUUGGUCAACAUGAAAUGAAGUUCGAUCCCUCCCUCCAAUAAACCCAAUAUGAAAUCUUGUUAAUGUUGCGCUUUGUUUGGAUUUUUCUGCUGUUCUUCGUGUAGUCAUCGUGGAGCUGGAAGUCAAGUAACUUUUGAUAGCGCCCUCUUGUGACAUUAUUUUUCCUAGUGCUUCACACAAGCUGUGAUGAUUUGGUCCCUGGUUUGAUGGGUCCAGAGGUUGCCAAGCAACUAAAACAUCUUCAAACUGCUCUUGGGGUUCCUGAUUUGUGUAACUCUCAUAAGGAAUAAGAUGCAAGAGAAUUACUUCAUAAAAGAAGGUAACACUGGCAGACCAACCAGCAGUUUACAAUAGCAACAGCUGAUAGAGGACUUCAUGUAUAAUGUUAAUGCUAUCCCCAAUGGGAUAGUAUAAAAAGUAUCAUCAUCUAAAGGUCUGCUGUUAAGGGAUUGUCAAUAUCCUCAUUGGGGGAGAUGGUGCAAAUAAGUGUAAAAUGUUUCCUGAUGUGAUUUCCUCAUUGGGUGCAAGAAGAAGAUUUAAACUAUGA